AUGGAAACUAAAUUGAGUUGUGCUAUUAAAGCCAGCAAAGAGCUUGUAACUAAUUUACAUCGUGAUGGAUUGGAUCGUGGGUGUAUUGCAACAUUUAAUAACUCUAUGGUGAUUAGACAGAGUUUCACUGAAAAUGAAAGUUCCCUUCAUCGUUCCCUAGAAGCAUUAAGAAAUAUCGCUUCAGGUGGAACUUGCCUCUAUGACAGUAUGUACGAUCUUAUAACUGGAACCUUCCGUCGCAAAGGGGAUGUAACUCGCCCUUGGGUCAUGAUCGUUGUGACUGAUGGUAAUGAUAUUUCCAGUACAAGAAGUCUUUAUAAGUGUGCCGAGGAAAUCUACAGCAAAUUUACUAGAGAGAGUAGUAACUAUUUGUUUCUUGUCGGAGUUGGAGACGAUGUAAAAUCGGAUAACAUGGAAAUUAUGGCCAAAAAAGGCAAUUUCACAUAUGUUCCAGUCAAAGAUUUUUACCUACUCGAAUUUGUAUUCAUGACUCUCGCGCUCAAAGUUACCAAUUCCCUUUCCCUUUCCGUAAAUAGUCUUGCCGUCAAUAAUGUUUCUGCUACAUGGGCAGAAGUUCAACAACAUAGGCGACUCAGCAACGUUGCUAUCGAUUAUGCUCUGUUGAUUGAUAUUUCAUAUUCCAUGAAUGACAGAAUUCGCGGACCUCCACCACCAAAAUGUUUCGCAGGACAUGAUUUAAAAGAAGCAUAUUCACGUGAUUGGUAUUGUGACAUCUGUGGGAAAGAAGGUCAAUCACCGACAUCCAAACAUCAUUGCACCAGUUGCAAUUUUGAUGCAUGUCCUAGCCAUUGCGAGUCUGGCGUUAAAUGUAAACCUCUUGGUUACUGCCCAAAAAGUCAUCCUUUACGUUGUGUAAAAUAUACCGGAAAAUGGGUAUGCGAUGAAGAUCGAAAGUUGUAUAGAGGAGGUAUGAGUUUAAAAUGUAACCAAUGUGACUACGAUAUGUGUAUGGGUUGUUUGGAAGACAAAUAUGUAAUUCUUGGUUUGGCAAAGUUGAUCUUAGGAAGUUAA